AUAGCAGCGCUAAAGAACGCAAGUGGUAGUGGCGUGAUCGGCGGCAUCGGCAGCUCUCAUCGGUGGCGGUAUUCGGAGAUCGGUGAAUAAUCGUCCGCUAUCGGAUCGUCGGGGCUUCAGUCGAUGUUCAGGGUCUCAUAGAGUAGAGUCUACGAAAGAAACAAAAAUCUAAAUGAUACUGGCCGCAGUUUGGGUGCUUCAGUGCGAAAACCUGUACUACGUGUGCCCGCCGGUUUAAAAAAGCGUUAUCCGAAGUGACUGCCGCCUCGGUCAAUAACAUCUUUCUCCAAGGAGCCCCUCACGUCCUACCAACUUGAAGAAACAGCAUUACGAGCUGCUUUUUCCGUCAGCGAAAGGAGGCCGCCCACCCUCGCUCGCGACCAUCGAGAGGUCAUCAUGAGUGUGAGCCUCAACGGCGAGCACUUCGAGGACAUCUUGUCGGACCGCCGCACCAAGGGUGACCUGUCGUGGUGCACGCGGCAGUGGAGCUGCCCGCGCUACCGCUUCUAUGCUGCACACACACCGCUGGAGAUCAAGCAGAACGUGCUGGACAGCGCCCGUGUCCAGGCGGCCAUCACCGAGGUGAGCCAUGCCCAGAAGCGUCCACGCGCGGAGGUUGCGGAGGAGGCGAGGAAGGUUCUGGAGGAGAUGGGGCACAACAUGCGCAUGGGCAACAUUCGCUUCCUCGGCUACCUGUUCAGCAAGUCCUACAAGAGCAUGUACCGCUCCAUCUACGUUUCCACCGAGGGCAUGGACAGGUAUCGCAGGGCUGCUGUUGAGAACCCCGUGCUGCUGCUGCCGACCCACCGGAGCUACAACGACUUCCUGCUGCUCUCCUAUGUCUGCUUCUACUACAACGUGCCGCUGCCCGUCAUCGCUGCGGGCCUCGACUUCCUGGGCCUCCCGGCUGUGACAAUGCUGCUGCGCAACGGCGGCGCCUUCUUCAUCCGCCGGACCUUUGGUACGGACCGGCUGUACUGGGAGCUGUUCCGCGAGUAUGUGCAUGCGCUGGUCUCCGGGUCGGAGCAUGCCCUCGAGUUCUUCGUGGAAGGCACGCGGAGCCGGUCCGCCAAGUCGCUCUGCCCCCGCACCGGGCUCCUGCAGACGGUCCUGGAGCUGUUCUUCACGUCAAGGGUGUCAGACAUCACGGUCAUCCCCAUCAGCAUCACAUACGACCGCACCCUGGAGGAGAACCUGUAUGCCUAUGAGCUCCUCGGUGUGCCAAAGCCCAAGGAGUCCACCUCGGGACUCGUGAAGGCCAGGGGAAUCUUGAGCGACGACUACGGCAACAUCUUUAUAAAGUUCGGCAACCCCAUGUCCGUGCGGAGCUUCUGUGGUCCUCACGUGGACCGAUCAAUUCAUAGCGUCCAUCCCAGGUUCGAGACGCACGUGAGCGACGAAGAGGCAGCUGCAUGUGCCAGGCUGUCCCGCUGGGUGGUGAAGGCACAUCACCGCUGCAUGGCCAUGUCCGCGUUUCCCCUGGCCUGUCUGGCACUGCAGUGCCACCUGGGACAGCAGCGCGCCACCCACAUGGCGCUCGACCAGCUUGCCGGCGAGGUCCUCUGGCUGCGAGACCUGACGCAGCGCCUGGGAGCCCUGGUGCACUUGGACGGAGGCUCGCAGCAGCAGGACCCUCUCGGUUGGCUCCGUCGCGAGAUCCGCCUCCACUCCAACCUGCUCCGCCUGAACUCCGACGGCGGGGUGGAGCUCGUGGAGCAGGCGGAGCUUGCUCCCGGCCAGAAGGGGGCGUCCACCUCGCUGCGCAUCUCGACCAGGACGGCGCAGGCGGCGCUGCCCCACAUGAUGCUGUACCACUACGGCAACCAGGCACUGCAGGUCUUGGCGCCGGCGUGCAUGGCCGCGCUGGCGCUGCUCAUGAGCUCCGUGCCACGAUCCCAAGGUCAGGUGUACGAGAACUUCAAGAAGCUGCAGUCCCUGCUCCAGCGGGAAUUCGUCUUCGAGCUGGACAAGAUGGAAGGAAGCUUCCUGGAGGCAGUGUACUCCCUGCGGAGCAUGAACCUGCUCUCCGUCCUGGGCUGGGAGCCCGUCUCUGCUGAGAGCAGCGGCUCGCUUCGCUUCCUCGCCAGCCACCUGGCUCCCUUCCUCCAGGGCCUGCAGGUGGUGUGUAGCUACUUGCUGGAAGCUGGGCACGGCGAAGUAGCGGUGCCCGAACUGGUGAAGCAGUGCCAGUGCUCGGCCGAACGGCACUUGCUAAGCGGUGCGCUGAGUGACCACCGCGUGCUCUCCUUGGACCUGCUGAACAACUCCCUGGUCUGCCUGUGCUCCCUCAAUGCUGCCAGCAAAGAGAAGAGGAAGGACUUUGUGACCCUUGUGCCAAAUCCGUCGGCAGUCUCCAAAACCCUCGCACAGAUUGAUUUCUUCCUGGACGGUUUGGCCGAGCUUUCGACAGAAAACAUUGACGUGUCCAGGGCCAAGCUGUAAUCUCGACGAGGGCGUUUAAUUUAUUACGGUCUGUCAUAAUUCCAGUGGCAGUAGCAAGGUGAUACUGAAGUGACAGGGCUCUACUAACACCGGCCCAGGUAGCACACAGUGCGGGUCUGGCUCCACGUUGUUGUAGCAUAUUGUGAACAUCACACGUGACCAUCGUACAUGAUCUGCCUAUAUGGCUACAGGUUGCGAUUCAUGUGCGCACAAUGCAUGACCAUAUCGGGCACAUGUGCUCACUUGAGCCACAAAUGGAUGCCUAGAUGGUCCCUUCAUACCAUGUGCCAACUAUAGGUAUGACUAGAGCUUCCAUGGAGGGGCACUCCACACAUGUCUGUUUAUGUAGGAGAAUACAGCAACAUUCUGUAUGGGUAAUUACUGCCAUAUAGUCAACUCCUAUAUCAGUUAUUUUUUAGGAGUAGAACCAAUAAAAAAUGUGUUACGGAU